UGGAAGAACCACUGCUAGACUGAACGAGCAAGUAGGGGGGUGGAAAGCGCUGCAGGAUCCGCGAUGGUGCGCCUGCGGGCUCUGUGGCUGGCCUGGGCUCUGCUAGGAGGGGCCGCAGCUUGCCCAGAGCCGUGCGCCUGCGUGGACAAGUAUGCACACCAGUUCGCCGACUGCGCCUACAAGGAGCUGCGCGAGGUGCCAGAAGGACUGCCGGCCAACGUGACCACGCUUAGUCUGUCGGCCAACAAGAUCACCGUGCUGCGGCGUGGGGCCUUCGCCGACGUCACGCAGGUCACGUCGCUGUGGCUGGCGCACAAUGAGGUGCGCACGGUGGAGCCGGGCGCGCUGGCGGUGCUGAGCCAGCUCAAGAACCUCGACCUAAGCCACAACCUCAUAUCCAGCUUCCCGUGGAGCGACCUCCGUAACCUGAGCGCGCUGCAGCUGCUCAAAAUGAACCACAACCGCUUGGGCUCGCUGCCCCGGGACGCACUGGGUGCGCUGCCCGACCUGCGCUCCCUGCGCAUCAACAACAACCGCCUUCGUACACUGGCCCCUGGCACCUUCGACGCGCUAAGCGCGCUGUCACAUCUGCAACUCUAUCACAACCCCUUCCACUGCGGUUGCAGCCUUGUGUGGCUGCAGGCCUGGGCCGCAAGCACCAGGGUUUCGUUACCCGAGCCCGACUCCAUCGCGUGCGCCUCGCCUCCCGCGCUGCAGGGGGUGCCGGUGCACCGCCUGCCCGCCCUGUCCUGUGCACCACCCAGCGUGCGUCUAAGUGCUGAACCACCGCCUGAGGCACCGGACAGCCCCUGGCCCGCGGGCCUAGCGCUCCUGCUACACUGCUUCGCGGAAGGACAUCCCACGCCCCGCCUGCAAUGGCAACUUCAGAUCCCGGGUGGCACCGUGGUCUUAGAGCCUCCGGUCCAGAGCGGGGAGGACUAUGCGGAUGGGGCGGAAGACGGGGAGGAGGAAGGAGAUGGGGACGGGCCAACGCAGACGGAGGCCCCAAUCCCGACUCCAGCACCCGCUUGGCCCGCACCCCCAGCCAACCCACGCUUCCUGGCCCUCACAAACGGUUCCCUAUUGGUUCCGCUCCUGAGUGCCAAGGAAGCAGGUGUCUACACCUGCCGGGCCUACAACGAGCUGGGUGCCAACUCCACGUCACUACGCGUGGCAGUGGCGGCUUCUGGGCCCCCAAAACACGCUCCUGGCUCUGGGGGAGACUCUGAUGGGCAGGCCCCUACUUCUGAGCGCAAGUCCACAGCCAAAGGCCGGGGCAACAGCGUCCUACCCUCCAAACCCGAGGGCAAAAUCAAAGGCCCAGGCCUGGUCCGGGUUAGUAUCCUGGGCGAGACGGAGGCGGGGCCGGAGGAGGAGGAGGCAGGUGAGGGAGAGGAAGCAGAAGACCAGGUCUCUGCAGAUCCGGUGGAGGAGCAACGCUGUGGCCACGGGGACCCCUCGCGGUACGUGUCCAACCACGCAUUCAAUCAGAGCGCAGAGCUCAAGCAGCACGUCUUUGAGCUGGGCGUCAUCGCGCUGGACGUGGCGGAGCGUGAGGCUCGGGUGCAGCUGACGCCGCUGGCGGCGCGCUGGGGGUCUGGGCCCAGCGGGGCUGGGGGAGCCGGGCGGCCGGGGCGGCGGCCGCUGCGCCUGCUCUACUUGUGCCCAGCGGGGGGCGGCGCAGCUGUACAGUGGUCGCGAGUGGAGGAGGGCGUCAACGCCUAUUGGUUCCGCGGCCUUCGGCCUGGCACCAACUACUCAGUGUGCCUGGCGCUGGCAGGCGAGGCCUGCCACGUGCAAGUGGUGUUUGCCACCAAGAAGGAGUUGCCCUCGCUGCUGGUUAUCGUGGCGGUGAGCGUGUUCCUCCUGGUGCUGGCCACCGUGCCCCUGCUGGGCGCCGCCUGUUGCCAUCUGCUGGCCAAACACCCGGGUAAGCCCUAUCGUCUUAUACUGCGGCCCCAGGCCCCUGACCCCAUGGAGAAACGCAUAGCCGCAGACUUUGACCCCCGUGCGUCCUACCUCGAGUCCGAGAAAAGCUACCCGGCAGGCGGUGAGGCAGACAUCGUGGAGCCCGAGGAGACUCCCGGGGAGGGCCUUGAUGAAGAUGCGGAGCAGGGGGACCCAGGUGGGGACCUGCAGAGGGAGGAGAGCCUGGCGGCCUGCUCGCUGGUGGAGUCCCAGUCCAAGGCCAACCAAGAGGAGUUCGAGGCGGGCUCUGAAUACAGUGAUCGGCUGCCCCUGGGCGCCGAGGCGGUCAACAUCGCCCAGGAGAUUAAUGGCAACUACAGGCAGACGGCAGGCUGA